AUGACGGCGUUUGAGGCUGAGAUAUGGACUUGGUACAGUCUAUCGUGGAUAAUUGUCAUUGCGAGAAUGAUAUCACGACGGAUGUUACUGGGUUCAAUCAAGAAGCUACAAGUCGAGGAUUACCUGAUGAUAGUAGCAAUGUUUACCGAUACCGUGUUGAUGGUCGGAAUGUCGAUUAUUUCGCAAACGAGCAGUAACCUCAUCGAUCCCAGCCAGCACGUUGUCCUCGAUGCCGAAGAGAUUAGAACGAGAGAAUACGGAUCGAAAUGGGUCUUGGUCGUCGAACAGAUGCAGAUUGUCACCAUUUGGCUCAUGAAGUACUGCUUGUUGCUCAUGUACAACCGCCUCACGAUGAGUUUGAGUCAGAACCUCGCUGUCAAGUUUGUCGCCGCAUAUGUCACUGCCGGUUUCGUCAUCAUGGAGAUCUUGUACCUUGGUGUUUGGUGUCGUCCAUUUAACCAGUACUGGGCUGUUCCCCCAAAGAACACUCAAUGUUCUGCUGCGACGAACCAUCUCAUCACCAACGCCGUCAUCAACAUUACAUCCGACAUUAUGAUCAUUCUCAUCCCAAUGCCAAUUUUCCUCAAGUCCCAGCUGCCAUUGAAGCGCAAGGCUGUCCUCAUCGGCGUCUUUGCAUUGGGUGCCUUCACUAUCCUCUCCGCCAUCCUCAACAAGUUCUACAGUUUCAACGAACCCUUCGGCUCGAACUGGACAUUCUGGUACAUCCGCGAGUCUUCCACCGCCAUCAUCACCGCCAACCUUCCCUACAUCUGGACCCUCCUCCGCCGCAUCUUCAAGCUCGGCUCGUUCAGCGGCUCGACGUACGGAAAGAGCACAAACAACCCCUCCAAAGCAUAUCGCUCAAACUUCACAAACCAUCGCUCCGUCGUGCGUUCCCAGGUCCGCGCGGACCAUAACUUGCAUCAGGUCGACAGCGAAGAAGAGAUCAACACUACUUACGCUCUACCGCUCAAGAUCUACGCUAAGCACGAGAUUCAAAUCACGAGCGAAGAUGCUGGUCCUGAGGAUAGGAGGGGACCCGUGGGGUGCAUCCCUGAUGAGUUGAUGAGCCAUAGCAAGGAUAGCAUACGGACCGACGAUGUAGAGACCAACUCUGAAAGAUCGGCUGCCGGUGUUGUCAAGGUCUAUCACGGCGUAUAG